AUGGGUGGCACCAUUCAAGGUACACAGGGACAGCGGGUCUUCGCGAAACGAGGGCAGCCGGUGGUCCCCGAGAUGUGCUCCACCUCGCGAGAAAACUGCACGAGCGUCACUAGCAUCAACGCGAACGGCGCCGUGUUGGCCCCUACCAUCAUCUCCAAUGGGCAGCGCUUCAACGCAGAUUGGAUCGUGGACAACACCGGCCCGCCGGGUGCGACAUAUACCUGCAAGGAGUCGUCCUUCGUGUGUGGUAACGUUUUUAUCAAGUACAUCAAGGACUUCCACAAGCAGCUCUGCCUGCCCAACUUGCUCGACGGAGAAUCCCAUGCGCUCGUGCUGGAUGGGCACGCGUCGCACCUGCCCUCCCACAUGUCCCACGUCACCCAGCCCUUGGACGUCGCCGGCUUCGGGUGCUUCAAGAUGGAGCUGACCAAGGCGAUCCAGGCCUUCCCGGCGAUACACGGAGGGGCAUUGCCGCGGAAGCGGGACAUGGCCACCGUGAUCGGGGCAAGCGUUGAGCACGAGCUUUACCCCGGAAGUCAACAGGGCUUCCUUCGCCGGGGGCGGGCCUGUGGCCGGUGGACAGGGAGCGAGCACUCGGUCGGCUGCUGCGCUGCGUGGUGGAAGUGGUGAUCUCACACGAAUUGGCCAAGGGAGAAGUGUGUGUGAUGACGUCACUGGUUUUAUAAAGAGACGCGGCAGAGAUGGCGCGGAUAACCAGGGUAACUUGAUUGUAUACCUGCAUGGUGGAAGACCCCUUCAAUGUGGAACGAUUCCUAGUCAGUGUCGCUGUUUACACUGCUGUGCCUAACACAGAUGAUCUGGAUAGAUUCGGGUGAUUGUCAAUUGCAGUGAUGGCUUUGGUUGGGCGUUCUCCUUCAUUGUAUGUCCACGGACUCAUUCUGACAGCACUUCAGACAGCAGAUCCAUGCCCCGCCGAGCUUGUGUACCAUGCACCAUGGUGUUAUUAUUGUAUAGACAGCACUUCAGACAGCAGAUCCAUGCCCCGCCGAGCUUGUGUACCAUGCACCAUGGUGUUAUUAUUGUAUAGACAGCACUUCAGACAGCAGAUCCAUGCCCCGCCGAGCUUGUGUACCAUGCACCAUGGUGUUAUUAUUGUAUAGACAGCACUUCAGACAGCAGAUCCAUGCCCCGCCGAGCUUGUGUACCAUGCACCAUGGUGUUAUUAUUGUAUAGACAGCACUUCAGACAGCAGAUCCAUGCCCCGCCGAGCUUGUGUACCAUGCACCAUGGUGUUAUUAUUGUAUAGACAGCACUUCAGACAGCAGUAAGUACGCUGUAGUCGACAAACAUUCCUUUUGGUUAAUUGCGGGACAAGGGGGGUGAUGCUGCUGCUGUAGUCGAAUUGUAGUGUGUGGGCGUGUAGUUCAGUUGUGAGCACGCAAACGUGCUGCAGGGAUUGCAGGUGUACCUCCUCGGGCUUGAGUACCCUUUUCUUGCUAAUAGUGUGUGUGUUCUUCAGAUCUUCUGAUGGCUCUAGCAUUUUUGUGACCACGGACCGAGUCUUUGCUAGAUUUUGGGAUUAGCAACUGACACGAGU